GUUUAGUCUUUGAAAUCAGCUGUUUCCUGUUUUGCAAAACAUUGCAAAAAAAUCAAUAAUAAUCGAUACAUAAAUAUCAAAGUGUUGCGAAAAGAAAACCUUACCUUAUCAUAUAGAUACCAUAUAAACUAUGGCAAACGACAGAGAGGUUCUUCGUGAAAUAUGGGACGGAAAAUUACCCAUUUGUUUUCAAUUAGACCAAGAGGAAAUAAUGGAAAUACAACAACCAGACCCUUUUUAUGUGAUGGUUCCCAGGCUUAGUUACUUUCCUUUAGUAACUGAUAAAAUGAAAAGACACUUCCUGCGUUACAUUUCUCAAGAAAACGCAGACAGUGAAAUGUGGCUUGAUUAUAAUGGGCAACCACUGAAGUGGCAUUAUCCUAUUGGGUUCCUGUAUGACCUUUAUUGUGGCAGUGAUUCACAAUUGCCUUGGACAUUGACUGUACAUUUUACAAAAUUUCCAGAGACCAUACUCCUACGAUGUCCAAAUAAAGAUGUUGUUGAAGCACACUUUAUGUCAACAAUCAAGGAAGCUGAUGUACUCAAACAUAGAGGACAAGUGAUGUCUACAAUGCAAAAAAAGGAUCACAAUCAAUUAUGGCUAGGAUUACAAAAUGAUAAAUUUGAUCAAUUUUGGGCAAUCAACAGAAGGUUAAUGGAAUCACAUGGAGAAAAUGAAGGCUUUAAACAUGUUCCUAUACGUGUUUAUUCUGAUGAUGGCACAUGUAAUCAGCGUUUAGUGAGCCCAAAAAACAAUGAUGGCAGUAGGAAAGUUUUGCAGCAAUUAAUAUCGGAAUUAUUUCCUGAUAAAAUUGAAGUUAAGUUGAGGACACAUGGAAUAAUGAUUCCACCAGACACCCCACUACAGUGGCUCUCCGAACAUAUGAGUUAUCCUGAUAAUUUCCUUCAUUUAUGUGUUUGUUAAAUACAUAAUAUUUUUUAAGUGUUCAAUAUUUAUUAAAAAAAUCUAUAUGGAACUACUGAGAUAAGAGGAAUUUUAAAAGCUACAUGCAAGAAAAUGCUUAAAGAUUAUUCACGGUAUUUUAUAAUAAGUAUCUUUGUUUUUUUAUUUUUGAUUAUAAGUGUCAUCCCCAAAAGACUUAGUUCAUAAUAUUAGCUUUUUAUACACAUUUCAUCUUUUGUAAUUUAAAUCAACAGUAAAACACUUUAAGGCAACGUCAGACUACUUCUCAAGGUCAGACUUUAUUAUUUGCUUUUAUUAAGCAUAAAUAAU